AUUCUCUCUCUCUUUCUUUUAUGUAAAUGUUUUAUAACAGAUUGUGUAUUUUGUUUGCCUUUUGUUGCUUGUUUGUCUCUUUCAACCGUCGUCCCUUUCUCACCCUGUCCCCUCCACCUUCCCUCUCUCUCCCUUUAUCUCUCUGUAGGUUGGUGUAUCUGCAUAUCUGUGUUAUAUUUAUUACCGUGAUUACUGGAGUGACAGCAAAGGUUCUAGAAUGCCUGAUAAGACUAUAUGAAGUUUGCAUUUCAUAUUUACUGAGACAGGCACUGACUUGGUGAAUAAUAAUAUAGAUGUAACUGAUGCAACACAGAACGUGUCCAGACAAGAGGUUUGUUUGAAUCCCCUGCAUUACCCUUAUCUUUGAUAUUUGCAUCAUGAACUCCAAACAAAGUUUUCCAUCUACACCAUAAAAAUAUUUUACCUGUGCAGGAAUAGGCCCUGGGUGUGUUGUAGUAAGAUUUCUGUAGUAAAACAAAAACCCUUUCCAGGUUGUUGCGGAGAUACAGCAUGAGGAGGAAGUGGGCAUUUUUUUAGGAACCUGCCAGACUAGUUCCUCUCAGAUAAACACUCCAGUGUUCUGCAGUGCUCCCAGAAGAGAGAGAGUUUUUAUGCAUUGAAUAUGAAAUGUACAAUUUCCUGUCCGUCUUGUUUCUCUCCCUCUAUUCCAGAAAGUACCUCUCUACCUUUAUUUCACCAAGGUCAGUCUCACUGAAACUUAAAAUCUGUUCUACAAGAAAAACCUGGUAAAAAUAGCAGCACACACAGUUGGCCUACUGCCUAUGACCAAGAGACCAUGACCAAGCACAACCAUUUCCAUCAGUGAUGCGUGUGUCAGUACGGAAGGGGUUAAAAGGGCUCCUGAUCCUGGGUGGACUCUACACCCUGACCCAGUUCCUGCGUUUCUGUCUGCCUUGCCGGCAGCCAUCCCAGGGUGCGGGCGAACCUGUGACCGUGCUGGUCCGGGACGGGUGGAGGGUCAGUGCUGACGUUCCCCUGGUGUUUGUGGGAGGGGUGCCUCGCUCCGGGACCACCCUGAUGAGGGUCAUGCUGGAUGCCCACCCUGCGGUGCGGUGUGGGGAGGAGACGAGGGUCGUGCCCAGGCUGCUGGGCCUAAAGCUGGGCUGGGCUCCUGAGAAGGAGGGGGUCAGUACCAAGGUCCUGGACCGAGCAGUCACUGCCUUCCUCCUUCAGAUCAUAGCAGGACACGGGGAGCCAGCACCUCUACUCUGCAAUAAAGAUCCCUUUACUCUGAAGAGCGCUAAGUACCUCGCUCAUCUCUUCCCCAACUCUAAGUUCCUGUUGAUGCUGAGAGAUGGCAGAGCGGCAGUGUACUCUAUGAUUUCGCGUCGUGUGACGAUUGGUGGCUUUGACCUCUCCAGCUAUAGGGACUGCCUGGCCAAGUGGAGCAGAGCCACACAGGCCAUGCUGACACAGUGCACUCAGGUGGGCAGUAAGAGGUGCCUGGCUGUGAGUUAUGAGAGGCUGGUGCUCCACCCUCGCUCCACCCUGCAGACAGUGCUAAAGUUCCUGGGUCUGCCAUGGCACGAGGGGGUUCUGCACCACGAAGAGGCUAUAGGAAGACCUGGAGGAGUCUCACUGUCAAAAACGGAACGGUCCACAGACCAGGUGAUGAGGCCAGUGAACUUAGAGGCUCUGACUCGGUGGGUAGGUCACAUCCCCCCAGACGUAAUGGCAGACAUGGACGCUAUCGCCCCCAUGCUAGGGAGACUAGGCUACGACCCCAGAGCAAACCCACCGAACUACGGACAGCCUGACCCACAGGUCCUCAACAACACACAAAGGGUUUUGAGGGGAGACUUUAAAACUCCUGUAGCAGGCCUACAUCUGAAAGGACGGCCCCUGACGUCCAUGAAAGGUUCACAGACAGAGAGGUGACAGGGUCAGCGCCUGGAACAAUGGUCACCCCUGACAUAUAACCCCUGAUUAUCCUCUCAGGGAAGACAACAGCAUCAACCAAAAGGCUGGUGGCUAAGCAUCAAGCACAGUCACAGGGCAUUACCAUUCAUGUUCUCUAGACCUCAUUGAUCUGAAAAAGUGAUGUGCAAUGGAGAAAAGUAUAUGACAUUGUUUUUUUUACAUUUAAAAAAUGUAUUUACUUACUUGAAUAGGUUCUCUCACUGCCUCCGUUUUUUGGGGUCCUUACAAAAACAAAAUAAUGGACAAUCUUCACUAUAUUUUUGGUGGUAUCAAAGUGCAGCCAGCAGCCAUAUGGAUGAACGGAGACAAGGGAAAAAAUGUGCUCUUUUGGAAUCCGAGAAUGAAAACACUUACACACUCAUCUCUAACAUGUAGGCUCAGCAUUCCUGAACAGUCCCAUUACAAGUCAGAAUGUUGAAUAAACUUAUUUUUAAUUUA